GAUAUGAAGGCCUAGAGGGUUUGAGUUGAGAAUCAUCAGUGCCUGGGUGUUUUCAAUCCCGAACCCAGCAGCAGUGCAACCCCUCUCUCUCUCCAUGGAUGCCGCUUUGCCUACCGGCAACCAGUCGCCCAGCAGCGCGGUCGGUCGUCGCCCCACCUGCAACAAGGCCGUCUCUUACUUCAAGAAAACAGUGACUUUGCAGGACUGGUGGCUUAUCAAAGCCGACCAGGACUACGAGGGAAAGAGGCUCGGAGUUGCAGGAUUUCCUCCCAGCGGUCAAAGAGGUUUGCGGGAGUUUCGCUCGGCACCGAUUAUCAAAACCUACGAUGUGUUCACCCUGGAGACUGCUGAUGGCGUCACUGUGCUCAUCCAAGGCUUCCUGAACCGGACUCGCACUGUCCAAAACGGAUUCCCUAUUGAGGCCACAAAUAGUUUCUUGUUGGGCUUUCCUUUUUACUGGGAACAUUGUGCCAAAAGGUGGGUUGAAGAUGCAUAUAGCAAUGAAGUUCACAUGACGAAAACCUCUGCAGAUCCAGAUAUGCAAUCCGCGGCUGCAGAGUCUACUCCAACUGCUGACAAAGAUAAUUCUAAUGUUGAAGUUGUGAAAGAUGGUCCAUAUCCCCCAUCCCUGAACUUCGACAUCAAGGCCUUGAAAAGGUGUCCAUUGCACAGUCCUAUAACGAGAUCUAGAAGUUCUGCCUGUGAAAAAGUGAUCACCAAAAAACAUUCCAGCGUGGAAGGCACUUGUGACACUGUGUAUCAUGAUGGUUCGAGUUCUUCCCCUGAAAGAAUUAUUGACAAGUUAGAAAGCAACAAGAGGAGUAAGAAGAGGUCUGUCCGAAACUUAAACAGCAAGGAACCAGUAUUGUCCUUAGGGUAUUCAACCUUUACCAGCCCUUCUGCUCCCGAAGAAGACUCUGGUUUUGAAAGAUCCGAUGUGGACCAUCUGAAUGUGUUAGAAUUGAACCAGAAGAAGCCUGCAAAAAGUUAUGACAGUCCACGGUACGGAUAUGCAUUAAGGAGUGGGGUUAUAAACAGGUCAACAACUUCCUUGCUUCAAGUUCCCGAGCUGACGUCAGGAUUUAAUGGUGAGAAAGAAAGUGGUGCAUCUGCAUCUCCAGAUGCUGGCAAGUUCAGUCAUCCAGAAGUUGAUUCAAAUAAUGAAAGCAUAAGAACGUGUGUGUACCCAAAUAUUGAUGAACCUGUUGACUUGAAGCAACAAGGGAAUUCUAGAUCUAAAAGACGGAAAUCCAGGUCAAAGUUAGCGAGCCCUAAAUAUCUGAGCAAAAAGAAAGCAUCUAGAUAUGCAGUCAGGCAAAACAAAGAGUUGCCAUCAGAGUCAGCGAAGCCUCACCUUGAUGAAGAAGGGAAGCUUGGAGCUGUGCAUAAAAGAACUAUUCCCUUAUCAAGCAAAGCGAAAAAUUGUAAGUCAGAGGUAGGAGCAUCUAGAAGGACAAGAAAUUCAACAAGGAAAGAGAGGCAUGAAAAGCUUAAUGUUAAAGCUGGGGAUUCUUCUGGUACAACAAAAGUCAAAAAGAGAAUUUUCUUUGAAACUCCGGUUACUCCAAAGACAGUGGAAGGAAAAUCAAGGUCUCGUCUGCACUCUCCGGAGUCUUUGAAUCUCAAAAGAUCCAGAUCAGGCAGACUGCUCUUACCUGCCGUACGCUUCUGUGGCAAUCAAAUUCCAGUUAAUGAUACGACUGGAAAUGUUACUGGAAUUCUGGAACAAGUGGAUACCGUUCAGCCAUAUAGAGGACGGCCUUCUUAUUCUGGUUACAGGAACUAGAUCCGAGCCUCCGAAGAGAAAACGGAAGACCAGGUAGUUAGCCUAUAUGCCAAAUUCUGAACCUCUACCCGGGUCAAUCUGUUGAUGCUAUUGCAUAGAAUUGUUGUGAUUUCCGCCAAGUUUACCGUCAGAUAAGAACAGUUAGUCGCAUGUGCCAAUCUGUGAAUCUGUAAUGUGUACAUCGCAGACAAUCCUACUGCGUUUUGCUAGUCAGUUUGCUAUAAUAUCAAUGUACAAUUGCAAACUCUAGGAUGUGUUAUUGGUAACUACAUCUAAAAAAUUAUCAGAUGUUACGUGUUACCUUAAUAUGUUGUGAUAAAUAGAUUUAACAUCGAACUGGAAGAAGAAAAAAAGAACAUUUAAAAGGCUGAAAUGUGU